AUGCAGGAGGGCCGGAGCAAGCACGCCUGCUGCUUCGCCGUCGAGGUGUUCGACGAUGCACAGCAGUUCGAUCCGUCGGCGUUCGUGGCGAGCACUCGUUCCUUGGUGCCCCUGGAGAGGCUGAGGGAUGACCUUCAGGAGCACUUGGCGGACCGCAAGCAGGAGUUGUAUGACCUCAUCAACCGCGACUACGCGGACUUCAUCCUGGUGUCGACCAAGCUCAGCGGCGUCGGGAGCAAGGUUUCACACCUCAGAGAGCCCAUGGCCAGGCUAUUGGCGCGAGCAUCCGGGUUGCGGGUGUCGGCGGAGGAAGAGGCGUCCAGGCUGGAGGCCAAGCUAGAGGAGCGCAGAGUAGUGCGAGAGAGGAAGAACUCGGUUCAGCGGUUUCUGAGAUUCAUGUCGACGUUGGACACCGCCGAAGGCGUCCUCGAAAUAGGGGAUAGGGGUGCUGACCGCCUGGAGGAUGACCUGGAUACCGCAGGCGGCGGGGGCGAGGGGGGCACCGGCGGAGGUUCUGGUGGCGUUGGGGAGGGGGCGAGAGGGCGGGCGUGCUGGGAUGUCGAUGAAGACGACGAGGGCUUCGACGAUCCCGACCUUCUGGCCGCUUUUUCUGGAGGUCUCGCUCUCGCCACCUCCGACAAGGCCGUGCUUUCUGCCGCAAGCGUGCCGGGGGCGGCUUCCGGUGGUGGCGUCGAGGGCGACAAGGCUAGAGAGGAGGAGGAAGAGUUGAGGGCGGCGGCCUCUUGCGCCCAGGAGGAGUGCGCUCUGCUCGAGCGCGCGGCGCAUUACGCCCUGAUGAUGAACGCCGACCUGCAGGCUGCCGCCGAGGACGAAGCUAACGGUGCGGGCGACGCCGACGCCACGUCGCUCUUGCGAGGCAUGUCCUCCAGGGCCUCUCGCGUGGAAGCCGAGAUCACCCGCCGCCUGCGGUCGGAGUUCGCCUCCCUGCUCAAGCCUCGGCACCCGUGGCCGUCCACUCCUGCUGCGGGCGACGGGGCUUCCGCGGGGAACAAAGCCGGCGGUGGUCCGGCGAGGGGAGGGCUGGGCAGCGGCGGCGGCGACGGCGGCGCGAGAGAGAGCAGGAGGCAGGCGCUGCUGAGCUGCCUGAGGCCGUUCUCUGCUCUCGGCAGCGGCAUCGAGGCGGAGAAGCAGUUUGCGAGGGCCGUAAUGCAGCCGUUUCUCGAGGCGAGGUUUACCCCGGGCAUUGUGGACGGGAGCGAGAGAGGCUCGAGCAAGGGGCUGGGGCCCCUGCUGAACGAGCUUCUGGCAUACGUGAAAGAGGUGGCCGGAGAUGCGGUGGAGGCUGCGGAGGACAUGUUCGCCUCUCCCGCCGGUCUCGACCUCGAAGGCUCUCCUCUUGGGGAGAAGGAUGAGAAAGAGGAGGACGGGGCAAAGACGGGGACCGUGAAGGAGGUGGAUGCCAUGGCUCCGCUCCCCGUGGACUUAGUGUGCAACGGGGUUUGGCGGCCGGUCCAACAGGUCCUCAUGACGCGGCUGUCUUCCAUCUUCGCCACCGGCAUGGUGGCGGCCCAACACUCGAACUUCGUGUUGUGCAUGGAGUUCCUGGAGGGGCUGGCCGCCAUCGCGGGCGGCGAGAAGCGUCCCCGUAUCCGGCACAGGCUUCUAGGACAGCCGUCGGUGGCGGAGUUCAAGGCACGCUGGAACCUCCCAAUCUACUUCCAGCUAAGGUCUCGAGAAAUUUCUUCACGGCUGGAGGCGAGCCUGAAGGCGGCGGCUCGCUCAAGGAGUGGCAGCAGCCACAGCACCGGCAGCGCUGGUGUCGGCGGCGAGGGGGCGGCUGCUGCAGAAGCUGGGGUGCAAGAGGAGCACGAGGAGGCUUUGCUGGCUUUCGAUGGACCGGCGUUCGAGCUCGGCGUGUUCCGCGAGGCGUGGCGCUGCCUGAGCCUGUGCUGGAGUAAUGAGGUCGGUGUUCGGUAUUUCUGCCGUGGCCUCUCGCACCGCUUCCUCAGGCUGUCCCUGCAGGGCAUCGGGCGCGUCGGUGCCUGGGCGGGAUCGAAGGAGGUUCUAUCUCUCCACCCGGACGACAUCGUGCCGGUGGCUGCAGACCUCAGCAAGCUUCUCGGCGCUCUCCGGAGCGACUUCGUGGGGGUUGCGGCAGCCCGCAUCUCUGCGCCGGCGGCGGGGGAGCGAAACCGCGCGGGCCAGGGGGCUCUCUCCGAAAAGGACGCCAAGGAGCUGGUGGGGGAGGUGGUAAUGGAAGCCGUCGGGGCCUGGGGAGGACUCGUGGACAGUCUGUGGGAGAAGGCGACUUCACAGGUGGCGGCACAGUGCAACACCAUCCUACAGGCUGUCAAGGGCAUCACUGCCACGUACCGCAUGACCAACAAGCCGCCCCCGCAGCGGCCGUCCCCCUUCGUACCCAAUGUCCUGCGAGCGCUGAGGGAGUUCGACUCGAGGUGGGGUGCCAGCGCGUCGGGCAACGAGCGGGAAGGAGGAGGAGGGGCAGGAUGGAAAGAUCGGGUUGUGAUGUCCGUCUGUUCGAGGUACCUCGAAAUCGUCUCGGAGCUUCUGCUGACGGUGCGACAAAUGGAGAACACCCUCAACAAGCGGAGAGUCACCGCGCGACGGGGAAGCCGAGCCGGCGCGGGAGACCAGGGGCCCUCCGACAAGGACAAGAUCAUGAUGCAGCUUCGGUUUGACGUUCGCGAGUUCGGUAAAGAGGCGGCUCGGCUUGGCGUCGACGUGUCGUCGUUCCCCCCGUACGAAGGCCUUCUUGAGGUGGUCGAAGCUAAGGACGCGGACGCAUCCGCCGUCGAGGGUUCUGCCUCCUCGCGCUAG